AUGCUCGAGUCGCUCCCGACCGAGCUGGUGCUGCUGGUGCUGGAGUGGUGCGGACCGGUCGAGGUGGCGCGGGUAGGACGGACGUGCUCGCGGCUGCGGGCCAUUGCCCGCGAUGCGCUGCUGUGGGGCCGGAUCCUGCAGGGCAUGAUUCCGCGAGCGACCGGGGUGGCGGUGGAUGCCGAGCUGGGCCCGCUCGACGAGCUGUGUGGCAGCAUGGUGCGUGCGCGGCGACGGGCGUGGUACUACGGUAUGCUGCGGUCAGGAGGGCGCAAGCCGGCCAUGUAUGCGGACGAGAUCGACGACGACGACGAGGUGCUGCGGCUGGCGGACGCGCACACCAACGUGGUGGGAACGGCACGGCUUGGCUCCAUCAGCCACGUUGAGGUGGUGGGUCGACAGGUGGUGCUCGGCGCCGAGGCGGUCCAUGUGGCCGAUCUGGACACGGGCAAGUGCCGCAAGGUCGGUGCGCACUUUUCCGAGAUGAACUCGAUGGCGCUGUGGGGCGACGAGGGUGUGGUGUCGGCCGGCGCCGAUGGGCGAGUCUGCUUUACUGUUCUCGGGAGCGAUGACGGGCCAAGCCACGGCUGGUCGGCGGCGUGCAGUGACGACUGGCUCCGGCGGGUUGUGCCUGUGGGUGGGAGGGCGGUGGCGUCGUCGCGGGCCAAGGAGCUGUUUGUACUUGACGCCGAGACUGGGGCGGUGACGGAUGCCACAGCACAGCUGGAUUCGAUGGCAUGGACACUCGCCGAGUUUGAGCCGCAGACCGUGGCGUGUGGCUCGGCGGACGGCACAGUUGCAGUGUGGGAUCUGCGGGCGUCCCUGGCUCAAGGCCCAGCGGCGGUGGCCAAGGUCUGCUCCGACAUGGUCUCGUGCCUUGUGGAGAUGGAGAACGGGUGCGUGGUGGCGGGCGGCUUUGACGGCAGCCUCGUGACGCUCGAUCCACGGGCACUGACAGCCGGGCCGUGUGCGGUGCUGCGGUCGCACUCGGCGCGUGUGCUGCAAGUAGAGGCGUAUGCAGGAGGAGUUAUCUCGUGCGCAGCCGAUUGCAGCCUGCUGCGAUGGGACGGUGAGAGCACGAGGCCGAGCGUGGGAUUUGAGACUCCUGGGGCGCGCGGGUGGCAGGCUGACGACGGAGACGAGGGCGUGGGCGCGGCGGCGAUGGCGUCCUCGCGCCCGCUGUUUGCACAGGCGUUUGCGGUAGCGGCGGACGCGGGUGUGGUGGUCGCCAACGCCGCCAACUCGCCGCAGGUCGGCGUGUACUCGGCGGCGACAGGCCACCUCCUGCACAAGGUUGGAUCGCGCGGCCCGAUGGCGCGGACCACGCUGCCAGCGGCCAACGACGACGUGCUGGUGACAGUGACGAGCAUGUUUGUGGUGGCGUACGACGUGGCAGGCAUGGUCGCCGAGUCGGUGCUUGGUGUGAAAUGAAAG